UUCCUGGGUUUCGAGCAAGAUUUCACAAAUGACGGCCCGACGGCGACAUUCUCACCACCCCACUCCGCUCUUCUCCUCCUCUCUCUACCAUUCGAAUGUUUGUGGUUGUGGAGUAAGCCAACUUUCCUCCGUUUCUCUUCUUCCCCCUUGCAACCUUAUUCUUCCCAUAUUCAGCGGUCAUUGCCUCCUAGUCCGACUCUCUCGGCCUGGUCCAACUUGGACUAUGUUGUAGGUUUUAGCUAUACUUGGGGGGAUUUGUAGCACGGAUUGGUGAUUUAAUUCAACCGUCUCGGUGAAAUUUCCGGCACAAGAGAACCACUUGCUUGUUAAGGAAAUCCUUGUGGAUUUGAGUUCAUGUAAUUCUGUUCAAGUUCAACCUAUUUGCUAUGUGGCAGCAAUGCUGACCCUACCUGUAUCUGAUGCAAAAACAUUGUGUCAGAUUAGUCAGGGCAUCUUUCAUGCUAAUGUGAGAAGGAAUUCUUUGGUUUUCCAUAAAUCCUUUGAAAGCAAAUGUUUAUCAACACUGCCGUUGUGUAACGGCUUUUUUAACUAUUCUGGCCACAUAUCAGGUCGACUCUUACUGAGGACUUCAAAGCAGUUUCAUUUGCAAAUUCGUGCAUCAUCUGAUGAGGAAUAUGGUUCAUCUCGUAAUAUUGCCGUCAGUCUUUUUAGGAGGUAUAGGAAUGUUAUUGACCGAGGAGGUAGUGAUAACUUGAAGGAAUUUAUUGAUGCUGGUGUGAAUGCAUAUGCGCUUGGUUGCACUGAUGAGAGUUUAAGGAGAGAACUUCUGGACAUGAAGAAUUUCGGAGAAGGGUUGCAACCUUACGGAGGAGGUACAAAUGUGACAUGUAAAAUUGUUUCAGAUGAGGUUCGAGAAUGCAUUUUAUGGUUGAGCAUUGUGUUCAUUACUAUUUUGUGUACACCACAACCAACCAUUGUCCGGUGGUCUUCUACGUCUCCCGUAUCCACUGAAAUCAUGCAUCAGUGGAAAGGAUUUUGUGCUCUAAUUGCUAAUGCAUAUUUUAAACGAGGAAUGGCUUGGCUACCUGUGAAGACUCUACAGCUUGAGCAAAUGGCUGUUUUGGGCUGUUCAGAGGAGGCAUCAGUUGUUGCUAGCAGAAUGAGAUUAGUUUUUACCACACUAGAUUACAGGUGCAUUUGGUGCGCUGGUGUCUUUUUAGAAGCCAAGCCUGAGCUCGCUUACAGCCUUAGUUGAGUCUCCUGCACCUGCGGUAGAGCUAACUUUAGUGGGGUAGUGACUUACUUAAUUCAGAUUAAUUUCUGCUAUUUUUGUUUACAGGUGAAUUGCUGCCCAAUACAUACUCAGCAGAGAACUUAACUCUUCCAAGAAAAUUGGCAAACCUGCUCUAAUCUGAAGCCAAAUUGACAGCCUUACUCAAGAUGGAUCCCAAUUUGAAGGAACUUUUGGCUGGAGGAAAUUGUGAA